AUGGCUUCUUUCCAUCAGGAUAUUCCUCUUGAGGGUGGUUCCACCAACCGUCCUCCGUUUUUCAAUGGGAUUGAUUAUCCCUAUUGGAAAACUCGGAUGCAGAUCUUUCUUGAGUCAGUAGAUCUUAAAAUUUGGUAUAGUGUAGAGGAAGGAUAUCAGCCUCCAACCUCACUAGAUGACAAUGGAAGAACUGUAACUAAAAAACACACAGAUUUCACUAGAGAAGAAUUAGAGAAAGCCCAAUACAACUCAAAAGCAAAAAACUUGAUAGUUAAUGCACUUGGUAAGGACGAAUACUAUCGGGUAUCUUCAUGUAAGACCGCACGUGAGAUGUGGCUCAUUUUAGAAACAACCCAUGAAGGUACUAGUGAAGUAAAGCGUUCUAAACAAAAUGCAUUAUCUAGAGAGUUUGAGCUUUUUGAGAUGCAUGAGGGUGAGUCUAUAUUUGACAUGCAAAAACGUUUCAUGCAUAUAGUUACAUCAAUGGAUGCUUUAAAUAUUUUCCAUGAUGAUGAACUGUUAGUUAACAAAAUUCUGAGAUGUCUUACCAAGGAAUGGGAUGCAAAGGCUUCGGCUAUCUAUGAAGCUAAAGAUCUCUCUACAAUGUCCAUUGCCACUUUAUUUGGAAAGCUUCAAGAGUACGAGUUAGAGCUAAAUAGAAGGGCUAAUCGUGAGCUUAACAAGAAGAAACAAAAGGGAUUGGCUCUCAAAGCUUCAUCAUCUCAUUCAAAGGAGAACAAAGAAAGCAAGCAAAGUAAGAAAGUUACUGAUACUUCAUCAAGUGAAUCAAGCACUGGUGAAGACAAUGAAAUGACAAUGUUCGUGAAAAAGUUUAACAAGUCAUUCACCAAGUUUUUCAACAACAAGUUGAACAAAAGGAGAAAAAGGUAUGCUGGCCAAGAAGAAAAGACAACAAUUCAAGUAAUGCAAACUCAAACAAUGCUUGUUUUGAGUGUGGAAAAGAAGGUCACUUCCAAAAGGACUUCCCGAACAAAAAGAAUAAAUAUGAAAAUGGCAAGUUCAAGAAAGGUCAAGGCAAAAAGAAAAAGAAGGCCUAUAUGGUAUUCUCGGAUGAUUCAUCAAGCUCAACAAGUUCCUCAAGUAGUGAAAAAGCAAACUUGUGCUUAA